AUGUCUGUUCCCACUCAAACAGCCGUCGUCAUCGAGACUCCCAAAGCACCGUUCAUCGUGAAGAGCGGCAUCGCCAUCCCCAAGCCCGCGGCCGGCCAGGUUCUGCUCAAAGUCAUGGCGGUUGGACUUAAUCCAAUGGACCCCAUGCGUCGCUCAAUGAAUAUGCUCAUCGACUCCUAUCCUGCCAUACUCGGCAGCGAUAUUGCGGGCGUCAUUGAAGAGGUUGGCCAAGGUGUGCAAGGCUGGAAGAAGGGCGACGAAGUAUUUUGCUCCGACACAGCUGGUGGCUACCAGCAAUACCAUGUCAUCAACGAGCCCUUCCUAAUUCGAAAACCUGCAAAUGUCAGUUUCGACCAGCUCGCCACAGUGCUCAUCACUGGCUGCACGUCUCUCAACGGCCUGUAUGCGCCAUCACCUAUCGGGUUGGGCCUCAACCCGACAUUCUCUUCCGACAAACCCCAGAGCGGCAAGUCCGCGUUUGUUCUCGGUGCCGCUACCUCUUGCGGACAGUACGCCAUCCAAUACCUCAAACUCGCCGGUUUUACGCGUAUCGUCGCAUAUGCCUCAGGCAAACACACCGAAUACUUGGCAUCUCUCGGUGCCACCGCCAUCAUUGCCCGCGAAUCCACGACAAUGGUUGACCUCGUCUCUCAUCCGGCAAUCUCUGCUGCACCAUUCGACGUUGUUUUCGACGCCCUUCUCGCUAUGGCUUCCGAUGCUGCAUCCGCUCUCGAUAUUGCCCACGACAUCGUCAAGCCCAACGGUCAACUCGCCACCGUAAACCCGCGCUCGGUCCUGUCUCCGGACCGCCUCGCCCAAAACAAGGGCGUGGAACUCGUGCGGGCAUUCGGAUACUACGUCGGGCCAGAUGGCGGGAAGCCGCCCUCGGAUCUUGGGUUCGGCGCGAAGCCAGAGCAUACUGCAUUCGGCAAGCUCAUCAAGGAGCAUUUGCCAAGAUUGUUGGAGACAGGGCAGUUGCUCCCAAAUAGGGUCGAAGUGCUGCCGAAUGGACUGGCGGGCAUCGUGAAGGGCUUGGGCCGUUGGACUGGCGGGGAAGGUGUCAGUGGAGUGAAGCUGUAUCAAUCUGUCCUCAAGUCGUAG